GCGUUACUUGUCAAAGUCGAGUGUUGUCAAACGGUGGAAGCCAAGAUCAACCGGCAUUUGCUUUAUCGCGAAUUUCAUUUCAAGUGUAUUUAUCGCGUUGUUAAUUAUUUGGUUUGAAUAUAGUUGCAAGCGACUGGCUUGAUUUCCACGCUCAACGAUAUCUUUAACUGUAAUUUAAGCAAAAAGUAUUAUAUUGUGAUCGAGAAAUGGCGUCAGCAGCGAAACGUGCGAAAGGUGCCGGAGAUGCCGCUCCACACAGUGCUGAGGAGGAUCCAGAGGCGUUGGAACAGUUCGAUGCAUGCCAAAAUGAAAUUGAUGCACUCAACGAGAAGGCAAGCGAGGAGAUCUUGAAGGUGGAACAAAAGUACAACAAACUGAGGAAGCCACUGUUUGAAAAGCGCGGUGAAAUCGUGAAGCGAAUCAAUCAGUUCUGGGUGACGGCUUUUACAAAUCAUCCACAAAUUGCCGAAAUUUUAGAAGACGAAGAGGAAGAGUGUCUUCUGCAUCUCACAAAGUUGGAAGUAGAAGAAUUUGAAGAUAUCAAAUCUGGUUAUCGUAUCAAUUUCCAUUUUGAUGAAAAUCCAUAUUUCGAUAACAAAGUUUUAACAAAAGAAUUUCAUUUGGGAACAACGACUGGUCCAUCAUCUGUAAGUACAACAAUCCAAUGGAAAGAAGGAAAGAAUCUAUUGAAGACUCUUCUGACGAAACCCUUCAACAACAAAAAUAAGCGCAAGCGUAAUCUCGAAUACAAGACAUUCUUCGAUUGGUUCACAGACAAUAGUGAUCCAGUGAACGAUGAAAUCGCCGAAUUGAUAAAGGACGAUUUAUGGCCAAAUCCUCUACAGUAUUAUCUGGUGCCAGAUAUUGAAGUGGAAGCGGAGGAUAAUGACGAUGACGAUGAUGAUAAUGAAGAAGAAGAGAUUGAAGAUGAAGACGAUGAGCAUCUCGAGGAAGAAGAAGAAGAAGGAGAUGAAAAAUAAUGUUGAAUAUUAUCUUUGCACCACACAUCUUGAAAUGCAGUCUGUGUACACCUGAGGGAGAGAUUGAUAUUAACAUAGAAGAUAACAGUUUUUUUUUGUUUUCUCUCAAGUUUUAUUAAUGUAUUUCCAAGAGAGCAAUAGAAUAAAUAUUAACAUAAAAGAUUUAUUGAGUAUA